UAGGUCUGUGAUGAGUUUUGGCAUGUAUUAUCUGACUAUAAAUUUGAAGAUUAUCAUUUUAGCUCUAGAAUUACUCUGAGACCUGAGAAACAAGCUACUAGCUUCUUCAUCCACUAGAAUGCACAAGCAGAGUUGCAUUUGCAUGUUACUCUUUUGAUGGGACCACUUAUAUCAAUUUUAGAGUCAUAAGUGGUUGGAAGUAGUCUGCAACAAUGGGAUUCCACUUCUAGCAGGAAUACUGCAUGUCGGAGUAUUUGAGGAUGAGUGGUGUGUACUGGGGACUGACAGCAAUGGAUCUCAUGGGGCAGCUGCACCGAAUGAACAAAGAAGAAAUUCUGUCAUUCAUCAAAUCGUGUCAACAUGAGUCUGGUGGAAUAAGUGCCAGCAUAGGUCAUGAUCCUCAUCUUCUGUAUACCCUCAGUGCUGUCCAGAUUCUAAUUUUAUAUGAUAGUCUCCAUGUAGUUGAUGUAAAUAAAAUUGUUGAAUAUAUACAGAGCUUGCAGAAAGAAGAUGGAUCAUUUGCUGGAGACGAAUGGGGAGAAAUAGAUACAAGGUUCUCUUUCUGUGCUGCAGCAACUCUUGCUCUUCUGGGAAAGCUGGAUGCUAUUGAUGUGGGAAAAGCAGUAGAAUUCGUUUUGUCCUGUAUGAACUUUGAUGGAGGAUUUGGUUGUAGACCAGGUUCCGAAUCACAUGCAGGACAGAUCUAUUGUUGCACAGGAUUUCUGGCUAUAACAGACCAGUUGCAUCAAGUAAAUGUUGACUUGCUGGGUUGGUGGCUUUGUGAACGUCAGUUACCCUCUGGAGGUCUCAACGGACGACCAGAGAAGUUACCUGAUGUAUGUUACUCGUGGUGGGUGCUAGCUUCUUUGAAGAUGAUUGGUAGGAUACAGUGGAUUGACAGAGAGAAACUGCGCUGCUUUAUUUUGGCGUGCCAGGAUGAGGAGACUGGAGGAUUUGCUGACAGACCGGGAGAUAUGGUGGAUCCAUUUCACACCUUAUUUGGUAUUGCUGGACUAUCUUUAUUAGGAGAAGAACAAAUUAAGGCCGUCAAUCCUGUCUUUUGUAUGCCAGAAGAUGUCCUUCGAAGAAUAAACGUACAGCCUGAGCUUGUAAGCUAAGCCUCGUAAAAGACAAACGCUUUGUAUGACCAAUUGCUUUUUGUUUUUACUGAUUUAUAAUCUCAUCUGUGAAACUGUCGGCAUGUUCUUCUUUCAGAUGUGUUUACAUUAUGGAAGUAAAGCAAUAGCUUUGCUGUGGACUUUGUCACUUUAUAAAUUGUUUCAGAAAAGGCUGGUUCUCAUAAUCUGAGUGUAACAUGUUAUUUGGUUGUAUUCUAAGAUGUGUAGAAACAUUUCAAUUCUGUAUCUAAAUGUAUGGGCCUUUUUUUUUUUUUUGUUUUGGUUUUUUUUUUAAUAAUAUUCAAAUCAGAGCUUGACUGUGUGAAUGCUUAACUCUUCUAUUCCUGUAAUAUCAAUCAUGCUAGCACUGGUCUUCAUACAGGCCUCUUUUGAUGGUGGAUCAUGCAAAGCACUUUAAAAAAAAACAAACAAAAAAAACCCCUAAACCAAAUAAACCAAUAAAAUCCUACCGAGGCAUGCACUUAAAACCACACACUUACAGCUGCUUCUUCUCACAGUAAUUGAUACCAGUAAUACCAUAAUUAUAGUUCUUUUAAAUAUACAAAAGUCUUCAUUUAUUGAUGAGUCCCUUAGACAAAAUUCCACUGAUACUUGAGAUACAGCACACCUUCAGUAUGUAGAGUGAAACUUGCUAACAUUAAACAUUCUAGAGAAGGUCCCUGUUGGAUGGUGAUUUGUAAUUGAACAUAGAGUUUAUUCUAAAUCUCUUGCUGGGUUGAAAUCCUGCUUCUGUAGCUUUUAAGAUAUUAAUUGUCAACACUUGAUUUUGGUGCAAUUGGAAAUAAAAUUAGCUGUGGAAAAUA